UGACAGAUAAUCUGUGGUUAGAUUAGACUUCAAAUUGUCAUUUUCUUGGAAAACCAAAAACCGAUUGAAAUUUAGAAUUUUCCAAAAAAACAUGUUUAUCCUAUACUGAUAUAUCCAAAGAGGAUGAAAUUAGGAGUGCAUGCAAAAAUCGGUAUAAGUUGGUCCAUUUUGGUAGUUGGUGGAAUAUACUCCUUUUAUUUGUCUAAGAAGAGCGUUAUUAACCAACGCUAUGAAGAAAUGAAACUUGAUAAACAAAUCUCUAAAGCUAAAAAUUAAUCUUAAAAGGUUCUCAAGUUCUCAAGGGUGAUAAAAUGACUGAAGCUGACAAAAUGCAACUCAUUCAAGAGUUGGAAAUUGAAAUGAUGGCAGAUAUGUUUAAUAGAUUGACUACAUCUUGUCAUAGAAAAUGUAUUCCUCCUGUUUAUAAUGAUUCCGAGAUUGGCAAAGGUGAAGCAGUUUGCAUCGACAGGUGUGUUGCCAAAUUCCUAGAUAUACAUGAAAGAAUAGGUAAGAAGUUGGGUCAGUUGUCGAUGCAAGAUGAAAAUCUCCUCAAAAAAUAAUAUUUCUGUUUAGUACAAUUGUGUAGUGUGAAAGCUAUUCUUAUUAUAAGGAAUAUGUUUAACCAUGUUAUUAAAAUUAAAUGGUUUCAUUAGA